CUUUUAUGAAAUGUUACUUAUAAUCUUUUAGUAUAUUCAAUUUCGAACACCUAUAUAAAUAAAUUAUUUUUUAAAAUAGGAGCCCCAUUUGAUCGUCUAUCGCCUUUCAUCUUCAAAUUCUUCAUCUUGUUUGCUACCCAUUUUGAUUCAGUUGCAAACUUCAAUUUAUGCAAUAAUACAAAAUCUAAACCCAUGAUGAAAUGCAUCUACAAAGAUCCGAAUGCCGCCAUUGAUGCCAGGCUCAAAGAUCUCAUCUCUCAGAUGAGCCUUGCAGAGAAAAUCGGCCAAAUGACACAGAUCGAGCGCAGCGUCGCCACCCCUUCCGCCAUUAAAAACCUCUCCGUAGGUAGCAUACUGAGUGUUGGUGGGAGUGGGCCGUUUGAGAAUGCAGAGUCUGCUGAUUGGGCGGCAAUGGUGGAUAGCUUCCAGAAAGCCGCACUCGAAUCGAGGCUCGGAAUUCCGGUGCUGUAUGGAACAGGAUGUCUGUUCAUUG